AAGCGGUGCAGCUAUGUCCAGCAGAAAAAUUCGCGAAAUUUAGGCCUGCUCUUACUACUAGCGCUACUGCGGGAGUGCAGUAUCAGCCAAUUACUUUUCACAACUAUUUGGCGUGAGUGGUUUGUUUUGUAUGCAUAUUAUAUCUCUGUCAGAAAUUUAACAAGAUUGCUUUCGUUUUCUUUAUAUUUUAGUAGUGCCUUAAAGGUUUGUAAUUUUAAGAACAAUGUCUGAUUUGGACUUAUACGACGAUUUAGAUGAACAGAACGAAGAUGAAAAUCGUGAAGAUUCUAAUAUCGAUGAGCGGAAGAAUAAAUCACGAUCUAAUUCGUUCAGCAACUUCGCUUCGCGACAAUCUCGUUGUGCUGUUUAUAUAGGAAAUCUGACGUGGUGGACAACUGAUCUAAAUUUAAUUGAAGCCAUGAAAAGUCUAGAAAUAAAUGAUGUUGAAGAAGUAAAAUUUUUUGAAAAUAAAGGCAAUGGUCAGUCCAAAGGUUUUUGUAUUGUAACUUUGGGUUCCGAAAAUUCUCGCGUGAUCGCUUUAGAUAAAUUGCCUGAAAAAGAAAUCCAUGGUCAAAGGCCUGUAGUAACAAUAUGCACAAAGCAAAAUUUAUUUUACUUCGAAUCACAAUCAAAGAAAGAGGGUCAUGGUGGAUCGAAUCGCAGUGAAAAGUUUAAGGAUAGACGGACUAAAGAAUAUGAUUCUGAUUUUAGAGAUAAUAAUAACAGACCGAUGCACUACAAUAAAUCUCGUUUGUGGAAUAAUCGUAAUGAAAAUUAUCCUAGACAGCAACAUGGAUCUAACAUGCAAUCUUCCUUUCAAACAACUCCUGUUUCGAAUACUCAACCAGGGUACACACCAUGGCCACCUACUUCUCAAGUUCAAAUGCCUCCAACAAUUUAUGCUGGUCCACCACCAGUUACUACGGGAGGUAUGUCUAUUGCCUUACCGAGGUUGCCAAUUCCUCCUAACAUAAGACUUUUGCCACCUAAAGGCACAUUACCUCCAAUGGGACCAAGAAUUCUACCACCUCCCGAUAUUAGAGGACCUCCUCCUCCCCCAGGUGUGCCUCAAAAUACAAAUAUGCCCCAUCUUGCUGGUCCCCGUGUACCUACUUCUGGACAAGGAUUGCCUUCUAUUUCGCCGUCUGUUAUGCCUGGUUCUCCUUUUUAUCAUCCACAAUCUAUUUCAUCAGGUCUUCCACCAGCAACAAAACCACCUGAUAUGUAUAAUAGAUCUCUAUCUGAUAGGGGUGCUCAAUAUCCUGAUAAUCAAUAUCACUCUAAUAGUGAUAAUAGAUGUAAGGAAAUAUCUGUUAGUGAAGCAGAAUUCGAGGAAAUAAUGAGUCGGAAUCGAUCUGUUUCUAGCAAUGCAAUUUCUCGAGCCAUUUCAGAUGCUAGUUCUGGGGAUUAUGCUAAUGCCGUAGAAACUUUAGUGACAGCUAUUUCCUUAAUUAAGCAGUCCAAAAUCGGAAAUGACGAAAGAUGCAAAAUAUUAACUAAUUCCUUACAAGAUACACUUCAUGGUAUCGAAUCUAAGUUGUAUAGAUCCCGCAGUAAGGAUAGGUCCAAUUCUCGGGAAAGAGACAGAUCAAGAGAGAGGACCUCGCGUAGAGAAAAGUCUAGCCGUCGAGAUCGCUCUCGUAGCCGUGAUCGGGAGUAUAGGGAACGCAGUAGAGAGAGAGAUCGUUAUCACGAGGAUCGCUAUCGAGAUAAAGAUAGAGAUCACAGAAGCUCACGUCGUUAAAUAUUUUUUAAUAUGUAUAAUUUUUGCAUUAUUUCAUGAUAUAUAGUUCAUUCAUAUUUUUAAAGUUUGUAGAUUAGCAAGUACUGUUCUAAUGGAGAGUCGUUAAAAAAAUUCUUUUACAAGUAAAUUUUAAUAUAUUAUUGAAAUUUCAUAAAUAAUGAUCAUUAUAUCUGAAUAAUGUUUAUUCAGAUAUAAUGAUCAGCAUUAUUGUUUAUUAAUGUAUCGGGGAGAUUUCCGUAUUGUGAUCUGUGGCAGAAAAAUUGUCAAGUCUUGGCGACUUCCUAGCAGUGACCUGCGCCAAACUAAAACCACACAGAAAGGGAGUUACUUGAAAAGUAUAAUUUGUAGCCACCCCCGGGCAAACAUCUACAUUUUUGUUUUGUAUUUUUAAAAAAUUAGCAAGUUUAAAAUCUAUUUGGCACCUUGGCGAUUGUAGUUUGUGCAACAGAUCAUAAUAUGGAUAUAUCCGUAAUGUAUCUUUACUAAUAAUGUGCAAAUUGUUCAUAUCUUAUUAUUUAUUAUUAUAAAUGUAUAUCAUAUAUAUCAUUAUUAGAUGUUAAAUUUUUCAGAGAUGAGUUUUUCCACAUUUGGCGGAGUUGCGCUUUUUUUCAAUACAAUAAAAAAAAAUCAAUCUUUUCAAAGAAAAUUCUACUUUUACAAAUUUCCAAAAAAAAAAUUUAUUUUUUACUUUUUUUUCUGAUCUCUGAAAAUGCAAUUUAAAAUUACAUUCACCUAUUAAAUAUAUAUAUAUGUGUAUAGUUUUUGGAAAAAAAGGAGGUAAGCUGUUUUAGUUUUGAAAGAAAGCACAUAUUUUUUCAUGUAUACAAAUAUAUUGUACAUGUGUUCAAAUAUUGUAAAAUGUUAGUUUCUACUUCUAAGCUAUCAAUAAUUUUCUUCUUGUAACUUUUUGCUUUUUCUUAAGUUUACUCCUGAAAACUUUACAAUCAUAUUAUUUUAUAUAAAUGUUUAAUUCAGCAAUAGGACCUAAACUUGAGUAUCCUAUACUUUUACUGUAGAUCGAUUAGCUUUAUUCUCUUUUUCAAUUUGUUAUGGUGAAAAAAAUGUUCAAAAGCAACAGUGAGUUAAAAAUAAAUUAUUAUAUUUUUUAGUGUCAUAGUAUGAUAUUUUAUGAUUUUUAUUAUUACAUUUCUAUUGUCAAAAAUGUUUGCUUACUAUAAGAUAUAGUUGCUAUAUAUAUAAUGAUAAAGAAACAAAUCUAUAAGUUUUUUUUCUCCAAUGUUAAGUUUUGUCUUAAUGCAAUGUAUUUAUGUAUAUACAGUGCAGUGUAGAUUAUCUGAACGCUGAUUUACCGGUUUGUUCAAUUAUUCAGAUCUUUCUUAGAACAUGUUUUUUUCCCACUUUAAGAAGAAAAAAAGAAAGAAAACACCAAAGUGCUUCUUUAUUUUCAGAAUAUCUGAAAGAGGAUGAAAAUCUUCUUUUUUUUUUUGUAUGUUGGUGACAUUAAUAGGAAACUCACAUACACAUUUUUUCCGCCCAGAACUUUAAAACACGUUAUUUGUAAUUAACUAUAAUAGGUACUACUAUAAUUGUUAAUUCUAUAUUGUUAUUUGUAAUUAUUACAAUUAACAAUCAUUAUAUAAUUGUUAUUUGUAAUUAACUAUAAUAGGUACUACUAUAAUUGCUAAUUCUAAGUCAGAAAAAAGUGUGAAGGAAAGUUAUUUAAAAAUAGCUAUAUUUUAAAGUUGUUCAGUUUUUUAGAUUUUCCGUUAUCAGGAUCGGCUUUGGUCUCGAUUGGUCUGUAUAAUCAGCACUAUACUGUAUAUAUAUUGAUUACAAACACUAGUAUUUAUUCUCAUAAUGUAGAUAAAUAAUUUUUGAGAGUUUUUUGUGUUAUAAUUUUAGGUUAUUGUUUUUUGUGAUGGAUAUAUUUUAUCGAUUAAGGAGCUCAAUGCCACCUUAGCGUAGUUAAUGUAAUAUUUUUUGUGUAUGUAUGUAAUAAUUUUUUUUCUUGAUUAAUGCAUUUUUGAUAACGACUAUGUUAUUGAGGAUUUGAUUAAUUUUAUUUCUAUUUAACAAAUUAUAUUUACCGUGAUUAGUUGGUUUUCUAAGUAAAUAUAAAUAAUUAAGCUUGUUAAAAGUUUUACUUUAUUAUUGAAAGAUAUUCAAGCUAUGCAUAUUAAAAGUACAAAUUAAAUAUAAGUAUUAAUAUGUACAUUUUUUUGAUAAUGGUGUUAAAUUUCUAUUAAUUAAUAAAACAAGAAUAUUCAACUCCCAUUACAGUGUAUUCAAUAUUAUAAUCUGUCAAGUAUGUAAAAUGAUUUAUUUAUCAUUACUGUGCUGUUUGUUUCUUCUUCAGUGUGUUCAACUUAUUACUUAUUCAAAAUAAAAUUUAUCAAUUGCAAUUAUAAAAAUAAUACUUUUAUUAUUUUAGUUGCAAUAAUAGUACACUUUUUUAAUAUGCCACUGUUUAACUUGGUUGAGCAAUUAACUAAAAAUGGGCCAAAACUGGUUAGUUUGUGCAAAUAUACUUCUAAUCCACAGAUGGGUGUCCUAUUGCCCUCGAUCUAAAAGUGGCCCUAGGCUCUUCAACAGUCUAAAAUAAUCAGCGGUGUAUGUAAGGGGUGGAGUUCCACCCCCUCCUUGAGAAUCCAGCUUCUUUCAAUAAUUGGAAAGUUGAAACCCAUUAUUUUUAAAAUGAAGUAUUUUUAUUUCCCAAAAAUUUAAUUAUGUUUUGAGGUCAAGAGAGAAAAAUGAACUGCAUAAAAAAAUGUUGAUGAAAAUUUAAUAUUGCUUUUUGUGUUUCUACUGGCCUUCUUUCAAAAUAGGAACAAAUGUUUUUACCAACUGAAAAUUGAUUAUAAAGCAUCUCUAGCCUUUCAAAAAGUGAUUUGAUCGCCGAA